GAAGAGCGAGGAGCGGGUCUCAGCUCCAGGCAGUAGCAGCGGCCGCCGCUUCCCCCUUUCUCUCCAUCUCCCCGCUGCUGGAGCAGAGCCGCUCGCUCUCCCCCCUCGCCGCCGCCGCUCCAGGGGCUCCGGGGCUGAGCGCAGCGCCCUGCGGGAGGAGCGGGCUGCAGCCGGGCAGCGCGAGCCAGGCGGGAGCGGGGAGCAGCCCGGCUGCUGCUGCUGCCUGGAUGCCAGAGGCUCCCCGGGAGCCGGCGGCCAGAGGCACCCCGGAAGAGCCGGAGGAGGAGGAGGAGGACGAGGCCCCCGGACUGCGAGCGGAGGAAGCAGGCACCGUUGGCCAUGGCCUCCAACUUUAACGAUAUCGUCAAGCAGGGCUACGUGAAAAUCCGCAGCAGGAAGCUGGGGAUUUUCAGGCGAUGCUGGUUGGUUUUCAAGAAGGCUUCUAGUAAAGGACCCAGAAGGCUAGAAAAAUUUCCAGAUGAAAAAGCGGCGUAUUUCAGAAAUUUUCAUAAGGUAACUGAGCUUCACAACAUCAAAAACAUAACCAGACUGCCUAGAGAGACAAAGAAGCAUGCAGUGGCAAUUAUUUUUCAUGAUGAGACAUCAAAGACAUUUGCCUGUGAGUCAGAACUGGAGGCAGAGGAGUGGUGCAAACAUCUUUGCAUAGAGUGUCUAGGAACCAGGCUAAAUGAUAUAAGCCUUGGGGAGCCAGAUUUACUUGCUGCUGGAGUCCAGAGAGAACAAAAUGAGCGAUUCAACGUAUAUCUUAUGCCUACACCAAAUUUAGAUAUCUAUGGGGAAUGUACAAUGCAGAUCACCCAUGAAAACAUCUAUCUCUGGGAUAUCCAUAAUGCCAAGGUCAAGCUGGUCAUGUGGCCUCUGAGUUCUUUGAGGAGAUAUGGGCGUGACUCAACAUGGUUCACAUUUGAGUCUGGAAGGAUGUGUGACACAGGAGAAGGACUGUUCACCUUUCAGACGAGGGAAGGAGAGAUGAUCUAUCAGAAAGUCCAUUCUGCAACACUGGCAAUAGCUGAGCAACAUGAAAGACUAAUGAUGGAGAUGGAGCAAAAGGCACGGCUCCAGACCAGUCUGAGUGAACCAAUGACAUUAUCCAAGUCAAUCUCACUUCCCCGCAGCGCAUACUGGCAUCACAUCACCCGACAGAACAGCGUUGGAGAAAUCUACAGUUUACAAGGAUGUCUAAUGGGAGAGUCGUCAGAUUUCCUGGUUUCUUGGUCACGGACUGAUGAUAUCAAACCAGGGAUGCAGGUCACAGUCUCAGUUCAGCAAAGGUGUCUCGUGCACAGACGUUUCCCAGCUGCACCUCAGAGCCGGGCGAGGAGCACCAGCAGUCCCUGUCGCUGUCUAGCAGCUAUGGAUUCAGCUACAGUUCAGCCCUCAUCCAAUGAUACACACACAACAGAUGACCAGAGAGACAAUCGAGCCUGGAACCUGCCAGCAGGGUCAGGAAGCCACUUGCACCCUCAGAAUCCAUGAAAGACAAAUUAUAAUGAAAACUGAGGCCUACCAGCUCCAGUCUGGUCACAGUGAAGAUUAAAAACUGCAGUGCAACUUCCCUGAGGCACAGGCUAAGUCUUUUAUUUAUUUAAUUUUUAUUUUCUUUGGUCCAUAUGUAAAAACAACCAGACAGAUUUUCAGGUGUAAGAAAGCAAUUGAAUCCAAUGAAACCCUGUUGGUGUGAAGCAGAGGUUUCUGCUUCAUGGGACACAACCUGUUCUGGGGUGGAAAUGUGAUGACACACUCAACGUUAGACUUGUCACCCAACACUAUGGUCAAGUUUUGCCCAUCUCCAUUACUACCUUUUUUAUAUCCAAGUGACUGCCCAUUGGUUCCAGUUGGUACUGGAAAAGUGUUGUCCAUUAAACAGUAUAGUGACUGUAGAUGUUAUCCUUAGAAAUAAGCAAAGCUGCAGUUACAAAAAGGAGUGAACACCUUUUUUAAUCAGGCUCCCAUAGCUACCAUGUUUAAUUAAACAUAUAUAUUGGGAGUAGCAAGAUAAUGGUUAGUAACAUCUUGGGAAAUAGAAUUUGGUGCAUUAAAAGUAAUAUUACUACCUAGUAUAGCUCUCAUUUUAAAAGCCUCCGGCCAAUUUCUGCCUAUGAAUGCCAAUCAGAGCUGUACAUAAAUAUCUAAAGGGCAGAAUCUGGCUCUUAGAACUGUGAAGUCUUCACAUCUGCAAAAUAUCUAAACAGGACUGUCUACUGUUAUGACAAGUAUAUAUUUAAAAAAAAGAGAGAGGAAACUGUUCUUCAAACAAAGGAAUCCGGGCUGAAUUCUUGAAAGGCAAUCUCCUAUUCUACCUUAUGAGCUAGAUUCUCUGCUAGUGUCUAGCAGCCUAGCUCUAUUCUUGUGCUUCUAGUCAUUGUUACUUUGAUUUUUUUCAGUUUCUUUCCCAGAUUUCUGUUUUAGCCACAUAGUGUGUUGUGUAUGAUUGUGGAGCAGUUAACCACUUAACUUGGAAAGACAUGGAACAAUUCUAAACUCGGCCUUUCCGUGCUUGAAAGGCAUUUAAAAAAAAAUGCUGCUAAGUUUGUUUAGAAUCAUUAAGGGAUAAUGUGGAAGGCACAAAUGUGGGUCUGGAGAAUGAGUUUGAGCUGUCCUGAAUAUUUAAUUUUUCAAAAGGGUCAUCAAUUAUUUAUGUGAUGCUCUGAAAUGCUGGAAAUUGGGGGAACAAAAAUCUGCUUGCUGUGUAUUGUGUGAGCCAACCGUACAGUCCAUUCUCUUUAUGGAUUGUUUGCCGCGAUUACCAGAGGAAUUCUUGUCGUUAGUUGUCAGGACUGGCAGAAGAAGCAUAACAAGGAAAAGAGCAGUUGAUUCUUUUUCCAAUUACAUGAACAGUUUUAUCUAUGGUAAUUUAACUGAAAAAAUGUGUGUUUUUUUUUAUAAAAAGGUACAAAAGAAAUGUCUGCUUUGACUAAAUAUGUAUUGAUACAGUAUGUUUGACUUUUCUCCAAACAUUCUAUAGGCUAACAGAUUGCAAGCUUAUACACCUCAGUGAACAGCUGCUGAAUGAAAAGGUUUGUGAUUUGUUUGUUACAGAGUGCAGCUGAUUCAUUUAAUCAAGGUUAUUCUUUUCUUUCUUUGCCUUUCUCUUCCCAAUCCUUAUUGGGGCCCCUCCCCCCACCACAUUCACAAAUAGAACAGCCCCUUGUAUAGCAUAUUCCGACGGGCUAACACCACAAUGGAAAUACGCUAUCCCACAUUGUCAGCAAAUUGCACCCAGGAUACUGCACCCAUC